AUGUGUUUUGGACGUCCAGAGCAUAUACUAGAAUCGUUGGUGGAGAAAGCCAGGGCGAUUCCACUGCUGAAGGAAAAACUGGAAAGUCUUAUCGACUUCGCGUUGUGCGUGCAAAACAUCUGCUCUACGAUGGAAGCCUGCCAUAUAGAGGCGCAUCUGAAUAAUCCAAUGUUGGUGAAGGAAUUCGUUGACAAGCUUCCAAGCCAACACAAGUUAAAUUGGGCAAUGUUACAGCGAGACGAGCGAGUACCAAUUAUUAAAGCGUUUAGUGAUUGGAUUUUCCAAAUAGCCGAAGCAGCAAGUAAUGAUGAAGAUGCACCAUGUUUUCGUAUAAUACCCGUUCGCAUACACUCAAAGGGUAAAUCCAUAAAAACCUUCGCCUUUUUAGACGAGGGAUCAUCCGUGACAUUGAUGGAAAAACACAUUUAUGAUUCCUUGGGCUUGGACGGCGAGCUAGAAUCACUGUGCCUUCGCUGGACCGGCGAAAACACACGGAUCGAAAGCGACUCAAUGCGAACGUCGAUACAGAUUUCAAACGCAUACGAUAAUGCAAAAUACGAAAUAAAUGAAGUGCACACCGUUUCGCGACUGGGCUUGCCUAGCCAGUCUCUUAAUAUGGAGAAAAUUACGAAGAAAUACCCUUAUCUACGCGGGCUUCCGAUCGAGUCAUAUGAAAAUGCCGAGCCGGGUAUUCUAAUAGGAGCCAAUUGUUGGAAACUUGCGGUGCCUAUCAAGACUCGUGAGGGACACUGGCUUGAGCCGAUCGCCACUAAGUGUCGCUUAGGUUGGACCUUGCAGGGAGGUACUACUAACCACUUUGACUCACAACUAUUGAAUAUUCACAUAUGUGACUGCGAAAAGAAAUACGAAAUCCUACACGAAGAGAUCAAGGAGUACUUCAGCCUAGAGAUGCCGCAAAAAAGAGAGCUCAUGUCCCCACAAGACUGUAGAGCGCUGCAAAUUCUAAAUUCAACGUGUGAAAAAAGAGAGGGCCGCUAUGAAGUGGGGUUGUUGUGGAAGCAUGACGACGCAAAGUUACCAGCUAGUUACGACAACGCCCUUAAACGCUUCAGAUGUAUGCAGAAAAAGUUAGCUAAGGACUCCAAUUUGCAACGUGACAUGCAGAAGCAAAUAGACAACUUAAUUAGCAAAGGUUACGCAAGAAGGUUAACUGCAGACGAAGUAAAUAGAUCAUACGACCACGAGUGGUACCUGCCGAUAUUUAUCACACUAAACCCCAACAAACCCGGCAAGUUGCGCCUUGUGUGGGACGCUGCGGCCAAAUCUGAUGGAGCCGCUCUUAACGAUUUCCUUCUGUGCGGGCCAGAUCUACUCAAUUCGCUAGUCUACGUAUUACUGGCCUUUAGAACUGGGCAGUUUGCUAUUUGUGGAGACAUUGCCGAAAUGUUCCACCAGAUUCGCGUAAGAGAAAUGGACAUGCACGCUCAGAGGUUCUUGUGGCACGAGAACUGUGAGGAGUUACAUAACCCUCACAUCUACGUUAUGCAAGCGCUUACCUUUGGCAUCAGCUGCGCACCUUGCAUUGCUCACUUUGUUCGAGAGGUAAAUGCAGAGCAAUACAAGCAAACAUCACCGCGAGCGGUAGAAGCAAUACAAAAGCAUCAUUACGUCGAUGACUUCAUCGACAGCGUCGAUACCGAAGAAGAAGCACUGGAACUGGCUCUGCAAGUGAAAGCAAUUCACGCUCAAGCUGGAUUCAACAUUCGUAACUGGGCAUCUAACUCAUCAGCUGUUCUGAGGCAACUUCCAGGGGAGUCCGUCGAAGAUCAAACUCCUAAGGACUUAAGCAAUGCAGAAAAAAUAUUAGGUUCUCCAAAAUGA